UUCGUCUUGUCCUUGUGAAGGGCGAAGUACGACAACAUGAGGCGACGUGGAUAAAACCCGCCUGCUCUCACGACAGUCAUGGCGGUGCUCUUCCAACAGAGGCUGCUGGACGCGGGCAACGUGGCACUGCACCGCACGCUCAGCCUCACUACCCACCACUCGGCCGAGCAGUGACGAUCUCGCCAAGAUCCGCCAAAAUGAGCCAAGGAGGCCACCACUACAACCAGCCCCCGCAGUACGGCGAGCCAUACGGACAGCAAUACAACCAGCCUCCCGGCCAGCACUAUCCCCCGCAACACUCCAAUCAAACACAAGGCUCUGCCCAAGGCUACUACGGCGGCGGCGAUCCCGGAUAUCAACAGUAUCCUCAACAGGGUCCACCACCUCCCAACUACGGAGCGCCAUAUCAACAGGCAGCCCCGCCUCAAAAUUAUGGAGGUCCUCAUCACCAGGGUCCGCCGCAGGGCUCGAAUUACGCGGAGCGAGACCAGUACGGAGCGCAGUACCCUCCGCAGCAAAACUACCAGCAACAGUAUCCGCCGCAGCAAUCCGGAUAUCCCCCAGCACAGGGCGGAUAUCCUCCAGGCCAAGGGCCUGAAGGAGAGCGAGGUUUGAUGGGAGCACUAGGCGGAGGAGCAGCAGGGGCCUGGGGCGGCCACCAAGCCGGACAUGGAGUCCUAGGCGCACUCGGAGGAGCGAUCGGCGGCUCGAUGCUACAGGAUACGUACAAGAAGCAUCAUAAGAAGGAGGACAAGCACCAUCGGAAGGAGGAGAAGAAGCAUAGGAAGGAGCAGCGGCGACAUCGGCGUGGCUCCGGCUCGUCGAGCAGUAGUAGUAGCAGCAGUGAUUGAGUGUCUUUGGUGUUUUGUAAGAGGUAGGAGGAGAGCUGUUGGUUGGAUGGAACAGCUAGGCGGAGCUUGCUGGCUGGCGUUACACUGCAUACGUAUGCGGGCCUUGAAUGAGGGUUCUCGAGGUGCGAUGACGCUUUUGCCAGCGUGUAGUCUUUGGCCAGCAUUCAAUACAUCUAUUGAUUCAUGUCAUAUGUAUUGCCGUCAAGUACCAACUUGGAUCUGCUUCAGUACAAGCCCUGUCCAUCGAAUCAAUUUAUGUGACUACGACAUGGACCGUCCCACCAACGAUCAACAGUCUUCGAACUCCCCUGCUCAGCAGCCUGAGGAACGAUUUAGUCCCUCGCAGCUUCAUGUUCGCCAUACCAAAGCCCACAACGCAACUCUUAGGGUCCAGUCUUCACGCCACACACCUCGCUCCGACGCCUUGCUGAUGGACUUCGCAGAGCAAACCCACCAGGAGCUGGCGACGCAGGCCGAAUGCAGAGCUGAAGGCC